AUGUUAUUUAUAUUUUUGAUCGUAACUUAAGUGUAUUGUUAAGAUAUAUGUAGAUAACUUAACACUUAUGAAACAUGUAUAGGAUCUAAAACUGAAUAUUGUAUAAUAAUUAGAUUUAGUUAAUUUAGGUUAAUGGUAUCCACAUUAGCGAUAUUGUAGAAAAUCAGAUGAUUUAAUGUAGGGAUGUGAUUAAAAUCUUAGUGUUAAAUUAUGUACUAGAUAGAUAAGUACAUAAAUGGCUACAUAGGCAUUAUGUAUAUUUGAUUCUAUAUGUCAUAAAAUCAAUGAUAUUACUAAAGCAAAAUGCAAUCAAAGUUUAAACAAAUAUGGUUGCAUAGGUAUUACAAAUCCACAAUAACUUUGUAAAUGGGAGGAUAGAAAGUGUAAGUAUUUAUCAGAUGAAGAAAUUGCAAAUUUGAAUACAAAUUUUCCAAAUUUAAUUUUAAGUAUGUCUGUAUGUCCUCUAAUUACUGGGCAUUUGAUAGCUCAUAGUAAUGUUUUAGAUAGUUUAUCAUCUAGUGAUAUAACAGAUUAUGGUUUAUUGGCAUAAUUGGAUGAUAUGUUAGAUGAGUAAAAAAGUUAUGAUGAAGGGAAUUUAUAAAAUAAUUACUUAAAUUCAUAAGGAUAAUUCAUUUGGUAUGUUCCAUAGAAACAAUCUUAAUUUAAUUUAUUGAAUUUAUAAAUAAAUGAUUAGAGUAGAGUAGGAUGUAUAGGUUUAGAUAUAUCUGAUGAUUAAAUGUUUAAAACACUCUUUAAUAUAGAUGAUUAAAAAGUAAUUAAUGGUGUUAAUUAAAUAUUUUGUUAAUAUAUUAAUAUAAAUCCAUUUAAUGAUAAAAUGAGUGUUUUUGUUAAUAAUAAAUGUGAAAUAAUUAAUUUUGAAGAAGUGGAAUAAAGAACAGAUUUAAAAUGUGAGAAUUUAGGAAGAUAUGCUUGUUAAACUAGUCCUAAGAAUAUGGAUUGUUAAGUAGUAUAACCAAUAAAUCAUUAUGAGAAAUCAUGUAUAUAAGUUUAGACUCAAUCAGUAAAUGUAGAUUGUGAACCUCUUAAUGGAAUUGCAACACAUAAUUAAUGUAGUUAAAGUUCAAAAUAUUGUUUUCUGUAUUUUAAUGGUAAAGAAGGAUAUUGUGAUGGAGGUUGUUAUAAUUUAAUAACAAAAAAUGAUUGUUUUAAGAAAUCAAAUUGUUAUUGGAUUGAUGAAGAAUAGAAUUUUCUUGUAUAAUGUAGUCCAUUAUAAGGAUGUACUUAAAUGGGAUUGAGUAGAAUCUAUUGUGAGAAUUUAGCACUUCCUUGUAUUUGGGUGGAUAAUCAAUGCAAAAAUGGAGAUUUAAGAAUAUUGACUUGUUCAGAAGCCAAUACAAAAUAUAGUUGUACUCAUGUAUAAAGAUAAGAUUAACUAUGUAUUUGGUAUAAUAAUAUGUGUAUAAAUACUAUAACACAUUUAAUUUUCAAAAAUUAUUCAUAAUUACCUGAAAAUUUAAUUAGAAAUAGAAAUCAAUGUCUUAUGCAAGAUAAAGGAUCAUAUAGAUUUGAUGAAAUUACAAAAUAAUGUUAUAGAGAUUACAUUUUAGAUACAUAAGAUCUAUCAAACAUUAACAAAUAUUUUUGUUUAUCUUUAUAAUUAAAUUCUUAAUGGAAUUAUGAACAAUAGAAAUGUUAAAUAAUAUAACCACUUGAAUAUUGUGAUAAUAGAAUGAAUAUUAAUCCUAAAUUAUGUUCAUAUUCACCAAAUUGUAUCUAUGAUGAAAUCAAAUAGAGUUGUACUUAAUUAAGUGGUUCAAUAUCCUGUAAUACUAUAGGUCUAACUAAAACUCUUUGUAUAUCUAAUCUAAAUGAAUUUUGUGCAUGGAUCAAUAAUUCUUGUCAAACUAUUAAAAUAUUUGAUAAUUGUGUAUAAUUAGUAAAUGUAUCACCUUAUUCAUGUUCUAUGAUAGAUAUUGAACCAUGUUCUUAUCAUAAUGGAUACUGUAUUGCCACUAUUAACAACAAUAAUUAAUGUUAAUAAUUUAUGAAUAAAGUUUAAUGUUAAAAAUAAUAGAGUGAAUGUUAUUAUGAUUUAAUGGAUUGCAAAUAAAUUGAUAAUCCUACUUUAUAUUCAACAUUAAAUUGUAAUGGAUUAACAUAAACUGUGUGUAUAAAGAAUCAAAAAUAACCAUGUAUUUGGUAUGAAAAUUAAUGUUAAUUGUAUAAACUUUAAUAUUUUGAUGUUUGUGAUAACUCAGUUAAUGAAAAAGCUUGUUAAUAAAAAAUACAUAAUGGUAAAUUAAGUAGUUAACAUUUUUGUGAAUAUGAUACAGUUUUAAAAAAGUGUUUAAAAAACACUAAUACCAUUGUUGACUGUGGAUCAAACUUAAAAAUCAAUCUACAUAGAUGUGUCUCCUUUACUCAAUCAGAUUGUUAUUUUUAUAAUCAUCAGUGUAAGUAAUUAUCUACUGAUUCUAAUUAUAAAGAUUUAUAGUUAAGUACACUUAAAUGUUCAUAAGUUAAUACUAAUAUUUGUUAAAAAAUUAAAACUCCAGAUUAAAUAUGCAUUAUUCUUAAUCAAGGAACAUUUAGUACUUGUAUAGAUAUUUCUCUUACUUAAUAAUAUGCUAAUUUAUAUACAUGUUUAGAAAUUAAUACUAAUUUGAAUGGAAGUCCUAGUAUUUGCAGUUUAGCAACUGAUAAUUGUUAUUAUGAUUCUGUUGAUAAUAUAUGCAAAAUUUAAACUGAUACAAAUAUUAUUUAUAAAUGUGAUGAUUUGAUUAGUAAAUCCUUAUGUUUAACAUAGACUAAAUAUUAAUGUAUCUUUACAAAAAAUAAAUGCAAAUAUUAUAAUAAUUCAUAUAAUAAUAUUGAUUGUUAAUUCAGAAAUAUAUACAGUUGUGAAACCAGUGGAAAGAAUUGUCGUUGGAACUCAAUUGAUAAAAUAUGUGAAGAUUCACCAAAUUAUUGUCCUCUUACUUAUAUUUAAAGUCAUAAAGUAUGUCAAAAUGGAAGGGGAUAUUGUUUUAAUGGGGUUAAUGGAUGUAUCUUAUAAGAAUUACAUAAAGAGUUACCUUGUAACAUUGCCUUAAGUUAAUAAUUAUGUGUUAGUUAAAAUCAUUUAUGUUUAUGGAUAAAUAAUAAAUGUUCUUUUUAUCCUUCUCAUAUUAAGUAUUGUUAUUAAUUGUAGACUUAAUAAGAGUGUCUCUCAAUUCAACAUCUUAGUUGUGUUUUUUAUAAAUCUUAAUGUUUAGAAGAUAGUACUUUAAAUUAGAUAUCUGAUUAUUAUGAUGCUGAAUCAUAUUAAUAUUGUUUUAAUAUGUAAAUGAAUUUAUAUUCUAAUUCUUAAUAAUGUAUUUAAGUAUUAGGGAAUUUAGAGCAUCAAUAAAAUGAUAUUGAAAAUACUUUUAAUAUGUAAUGUUAGUAAACAUCUAGUAUGAUUACUUGUAUUCAUUAAAGAUCUUCAAAAUGUACUUUUAAUCAAUAGAAAUGUAUAACAAGUACUUUAACAUCUUGUAUCUAAGAAGAGGGUAUAUUCCAUUCUCCAUAAACUUGUUUAUCAAUACCUAACUGUUUUUGGUAUUCUAAUAAAGUCGGAUAAGGAUUUUGUUAUUAAAAUCAAUUAAGUUGUGAUAAUAUCUAAUUAAAAUCAUUAUGUCUGAGUGAUUUUGGACACAAUUGUAAAUAUGAGAGUAAUAAAUGUUAAAAUGCUAUUUUUACAGAUUGUGAUUAAAUUCAAAAUAUUUAGGUAAAUUAUAAAGUCUGUUAAUAAUUGCAACCUAAUUGUUUUUACGAUUUUGAAAAUAAUUUAUGUAAAAAAGUUAAUAGAAAGAUAGUAGAAUGUACAGAUGCAUUGAAUUUUUAUGAUUGUGUAUAUGCUUAUAAAAAGAAUUGUUUAGUACAAUAUGAUAUUGAUAAUAAAUAUGUAUCAUGUCAAAGCAUAAGUCCUAACUCAUUUAAUGCAAAUAAUAACCUAAAUUCUUGUAUGGAAUUAACUGUUAAUCCAUAUAAAUAUAAUUUAAAAACUUAUACUUGUGUUAUUGUGAAUAAUGAAUAGGAAAUUGAAGGUUGUUCAAAUAUUAAUCAAAUUUCCUGUCUAAAAUUAACUAAAUAAUUUUAAUGUAUUUGGUAUAAUAGUAUUUGUUAAUAAUAUUAAUUACAAGAUGACUUAGAAUGUAACCAAUUAAACUAUUAAGUUUGUUUAAUUUAAAGCUUGAAAUAAUGCAUAUGGUUAAAUGAUGAAUGUGUAGUAUUUAACAAUCAAAGUGAUCCUGGUAUACUAUAUUCAUAAGGUUAUUGUUAAGGAAAGAGUGAAUAUUGGAAUAGUUUGAGUAAUAGCUGUUUUCCAAAGAAUAGUGAUUUAGUGAUAAUUUAAUGUGAUAAUUUUGGAUUGGAUAAAUAAUCUUGUCUAAAUUAAAAUUAUAUUGAAUGCUAUUGGAAUCUUUAAAAAUGUACAUCAAUAAUCAAUAAAGUCAAUCUUACAUGUGAUAAUAUUUCAAAUUAUAAUUGUGAUACUGAUUUUAAUUGUAGAUGGAAUACAGGUGCAAAUGAAUGUUAGGAUUAUUCUGAUACUAAUUUAGAGUGUUCUGAUUAUACAUAUCAUAGUUGUAUAGAAAUAAGUAAUAAAAAUUGUUUGUUUAAUUAUUCAUAAAAUAAAUGUUAGGAAAUAUAGAUAAAUUCAAUAGUCUUAUAAAAUUGUAAUGAAUACUUAAGUUUUCAAUUAUGUAGACUUGUAAAAAACAAGAUUUGUACUAUUUAUGAUAAAGUGUGUUAAGAAUGGACUCCACGAUUAUUUGAUUGUAUGUAUAUCUAAAAUCAAUAUGGUUGUAUGUAUGCUCCAAUGGCAUGUUAAUGGUUAAAUAAUUAAUGUUAAUAUAUUGAUCUAGAAAAUAAGGUUUUAUGUAAAGAUUUACCAAAAUCCUAUAAUAAAAGGAGUUGUCAAUAAUAAAGUAUUGAUGAUUGUGAAUUUGAUGAUAUUUAAUUAUAAUGUUCUUAGAAGAUAAUAAGAAUGGAAGAUAUUAAUAAUGUUCAUUUAGGAAAUAUGUUGGAUACUAAUCUUUAUUUAUGUGAAGAUUAAUUGAAUUAUAAUGAUUGUAUAAGCAAUUUUAAAUAAUAAUGUUAAUGGUUAAAUGAUGAAUGUGUUUAAAGUGAUUUAAAUUAAUGUAUGAAUCAAAGUUACUUGAGUUGUUUGAAUAAUAAAUCAAAUUGUAAAUGGAGAAAUAAGAGAUGUUAUUAAUUUGAUAAUAAUGAGAAUAUAGAAGAAAUUCCAAUACUUAUUAGUCCAACAGUUUGUAGUAUAUUCAUAAGUGAUAAAAAACUCAAAUAUUCUGAAACUGUAUUUUCAUGUAUUUUAAGUGAUUCUGAAAUUGAUGAUUGUGAUACUAUUGGUCUUAAUGAUAAUGCUUGUUAUAAUAUUAAGAAAUCUAAAUGUAAAUUUACAAACAAUAUUUGUUCAUUUUAUUAAUUAGAUGUUUAAUAUUCAAAUUGUUCAUAAUAUAAGAAUAUUAAUUCAAAAGUAUGUUCAAGUUUAUAGAUUUCAUGUAAAUAUGAUGAAUCAUUAUAUUAAUGUGUAUCUGCAACUAAUACAGAUUUCUGUACUACCAAAGGUCUAUCUAAGAAAGCUUGUUUAUCAAUAACAACAGAACCUUGUUAUUGGAAUAAUGAUAUAUGUUCUCUAUUUAUUGCUGAUUAAAAUAUUAAUUAAUGUGAUAACUACACAUAAACAAAUAGUCUAGCUUGUUAAUAUAUAGAUUAUUAAUAAUAGACUUGUACUUAUGAUAUUAUAAAUCAUGUUUGUACUAAUAUUUACAAUAGAUUUUAAAAAUGUACAUAACCAGGAUUAAAUAAAUAUGCAUGUGUUGGACUUUUGUAUGAGCCAUGUUAAUUUGUGAAUAAUUAAUGUACUCCUUUUACUAAUAAAACUUCAAUUUGUUAUGGAAUUGAAAAUGUUAAUUCAUUGGCUUGUUCAAUUUAAGUUUUAGAAAAAUGUAAUUAUUAAAAAGCCAUAUUCAGUUGUUAUGGAGUACCUUUAAAAAUACCCUGUAAUUCAUUAGGAAUAAAUUAAGUUGCAUGUGGAUUAUAAGCAAAUUGUGUAUGGGAUCAUGAUACUACAUCCUGUUUGUAUAAGACUACUCCAAAUAUUAAUAUGUGUUUUUCAUUAAUAGAGGAUAGUUGUAUUUAAAAUCGUAGUUGUUAUUAUGAAAAUAAUUAAUGUAGAUUAAAGAGAUGUUUAGAUUUAAAUGAAGAAGAAUGUAUAAGUAUAGGAUCUUUAAAUAAUGAGAUUUGUUAUUUAGAUGUAUUUAAUAAAUGCUAGAUUGCAAAAGAAUGUGAGGAUAUUGUAUUACUUAAUGAAAAAUUAAAAUGUGAUACUAUCUACUUUAAUUAAUCUUCAUGUUAUCAAAUAAAUAAUAAUUGUGUUUCAUCAUAAGCACUUGAUAAGAUCUGUCCAUAAACAGAUUGUUCAAAAUCUUUUUGUGUUAAAGAUAAUCAUAUAUGUAGAGCUCCUAUUUGUUCUGAUUUUGAUUCAAAUAAUUGUCCCAAUAAUAAUUGUGCUUACAUGAAUGGAUAAUGUACAUAAAUUACUACAUGUUCUGAUAUUCAUGAACUCUAAAUAUGUAAUUUAAGUACUAUUAAUAAUCAAUAAUGCUCAUGGUAACCAUCAGCAUUAAGAGUUGGACCAUAUCAUUGUACAAAUAAACCCUGUUAGUAAGUUUAUUAAUUAUUAUUAUUAGUUUAUUUGGAUCAUCAUGGUAAUUUUGCUAAGGGAAUGAGAUGAAUGAUUAGACUUGUUUUGUUACAAAAUAUGCUUAAUGUGAAUCAUGUGAAGAAUAGAUAGAUCAAGCUACUUGUUUAGAAUAGAAACUUUGUACUUUUACCAAUAAUAAAUGUAAAUCAAUUUUGUGUAAGUAUUUUACUAAUGAACAAAUGUGUGUAGCUGCAUAAAGAUGUUAUUGGAGUUAAAUAGAUUAAGUUUGUAGAAAGAAUUGUGAAAAAAUAGUUGAAUAAGAAUAAUGUGAUAUCCUUGAUUAUGAAUGUACUUGGAAUCGAUUCAGUUAUAUAUGUGAAAAUGGGCCUUAAUAAAAUCCAGAUCUUAGUUACUUUAUAAAUGAAUCAGAUACUAGUGCCAGCAUCAUUAAAUUAGUUUUGAUCAUUUGUCUAUUUUAUUAUUGA